UCGAUCUUUUCCUCAAAAAUCUCUGCACUGUUAUGCUAUUUAUUCUCUAGCUUAUUUGAAGUCAACUCUUCUUCAAUUCCUAACAACAAGAUAAGUGAAGUAACAAGAAGAUAAGAGAAGUGAAGAGAGAAGUAACAAGAAGUGAAGAGAAUGGGUGAGAAAGGAGAAGCAGCUUUAUGCAGUACUGAUCAGGAGGAGGAGAGACCUGCUUUAGGGUUGAAACUAAAGAAGUCUCCAUCUUUUAUCAAUGAAAUUGAAAGAAAGUUAUCCCAACCAUGGAACAAUAAUGAUGACGAUGGUGCAGCUGAAAACCACCCACCACCACCUCAGAUGAAUUCUAGUACGGAUUUUAUGUCUCAGCCAAUGUCCGAGAAGCUCAAGGCUUCCAACUUCUCAGCUGCCAUGUUAAGAAUUGGAGAGUUUGAGAGGGUUUCUAGACAUGAGAGUGAUUUGGUGGCGAAAUUAUACUAUGCGAAGCGCAAAUUGGUUUGGGAAUUCUUGGAAGGGCCAUUGAAGAAGAAGAUUGAGAUACAAUGGUCAGACAUUGGGGCAAUGAGAGCCACCAUUGAAGAUGGUCAACCAGGACUCUGGGAGAUUGAGCUGAACCAACCUCCCUUGUUUUUUCAUGAGACCAAUCCCCAACCUCGAAAACACACUCUUUGGCAGCCUGUGGGUGACUUUACAAAUGGUCAAGCUUCUCGAGUUAGGAGGCAUUUGGUGAAAUUCCCUCGAGGAGUGCUGGAUAAGCACUACGAGAAACUGUUGCAAUGUGAUCCACGCUUACACAUGUUGAGCCAACAGCCAUUUCCCAUCCAAAAUCCCAACAUGUUUUUCGUCCACCAACCGACCAAUUCUUCGUACGAGGUUUCCGAUUUGUGUCUUGAUUUCCAACGCCACUCCAUGCCAAAUAUCCUCACACACCCAAACCCAUAUCAUCAUCAUCAUCAUCAUCUAACUUUCCCAGCUGCUACUGCUUCACAUAUGAAUAUGAAUAUUAUUCCUCACCAUCAAAACAACAACUACAACUGGCUCUUACACGCAACCAUGUUGCCGCCUCCCAACAAUAUCGUCCUCAAUGAAGCUCAAUCCUCGUUAGCUGACCACACUUUGGUUUACCCAACACAUGAAUAUCCUAUGAACAACCAUCAUCAUCAUAUGAUUGAUAAUCACCAAGUUCUAAGUUAUAACAGCCAUCAGACGAUGGUGGUCGGUGGUGGUAAUAACAACUUCGACGACCCUAACAUGGAUGCAUUGAGGAGUUUCUACCACCGUAACAAUUUCCAAAAUAAUAAUAAUAAUAAUGUUGUUGUGUCUAAUGGGCUGCAGGCCAUGGAGACUACUCAUAAUCAUCAUCACUACGUGGCACAAGGGGGGACACUAUAUCAUGGAAGUAGUCCUAAUAAUUGGGUGUCGUCUUCUCAUCAUCACUUUACAAAUGGAGACCAUUCGCCAGCAGCAGUAGCAGCAGCUUGUUCCACCGGGGAUUCGGCAUCGCCAAAUGCAAGGAUGUAUCCAAAUCAAGAUUAUUUUAGACGACAUGAUACUCAGGAUUGAUUUUACGUACGUACGUGUUUUAAUUUCAUGCAUGCAUAUAUGCAUGUCCUAGCUUAGAUUAGAUUAGCUUAGCUUAGCUUAGCUUGCCAAUAUCUUUCUUUGAUGGAAGAAAUAUUGACAGGAAAUCAUGUAAAUACUAUUUGAAGUUGUUAUAUAUAUCUCGGUUUCCCUCA